UUGGAUAAUAUUGUGAAUCAUCCAAGAGAGGGACAUUUGCUGUUAUUAUUAUUGUGUUGGGUUCUUAAUUUCUUAUAUUUUUGUUUUUCGAAGAACAGCUGUCAUCAUGGAGUGGCUGUUCGGCAAGCGUGUCACGCCGGAGGAGAUGCUGCGGAAGAACCAGCGGGCACUCAACCGGGCCGUCCGCGACCUCGACCGCGAGCGCGCCCGCAUGGAGCAGCAGGAGAAGAAGGUGAUCGCCGACAUCAAGAAGCUCGCCAAGGACGGACAAAUGGAUGCCGUGAAGGUGAUGGCCAAGGACCUGGUGCGGACCCGUCGGACCGUCCGCAAGUUCAUGCUGAUGAAGGCCAACAUCCAGGCGGUCAGUCUGAAGAUCACCACGCUCAAGUCGCAGAACUCGAUGGCGCAGGCCAUGAAGGGCGUCACCAAGGCCAUGUCGACGAUGAACAGGCAGUUACGGCUGCCCGAGAUCCAAAAGAUAAUGAUGGAGUUUGAGAAGCAGAGCGAGAUCAUGGACAUGAAGGAGGAGAUGAUGGAUGACGCCAUCGAUGACGCUCUGGGUGAUGACGAGGAUGAGGAGGAGAGCGAGGCGGUGGUGAACCAGGUGCUGGACGAGCUCGGUAUCGAGCUGGCUGGAAAGCUGACCGACCUGCCGACCGCCACCGGCUCGCUGAACCCGGCCGCGGGAGCUGCCGCCAAGACGCCCGUGCUGGACGCCGACGCCGACCUGGCCGCCCGGCUCGACAGUCUGAGGCGUCAAUGAGCGGGGAGAGAGCGAGGGAUGUGACGUGGUGGGGAGAGAGGGUGGGAGGAACGGACGGUGUUCGGAGAGAUGUGCUGCCGGUAUGUAGGUAGGGAGGAUGGAGGACAGGGAAGGAAGAGGGCCGGUUUGGGUCCUGGAGUGUUCCCGGCCGCCGGCGGACUGGUAAAAAGUAUGGCUGGGAUAGAGAGGGCCGGUUCCGGCGGAUGUAGGUGGCGCUAGAGGGCUACCCGAGGCGCCCGGGUGGUCUUUGAUCCGUUGCACCGUUUUGAGGCUCUUCCGUGCCGUCCAUACCGGCGUCAGGGGCUCCCACCUUCCCCGAGCUCCGGUUUGCCGCGUGUUGGAGAAGACCGACACAGAGCCAUCGGCGUGUGUGACUACUGGACUGCAGGAGCGUCGUCAGCGGCCUGAAAUAGUAGCUCGUCGUCGCUCACUCGUUACUGGACAGGUGCAGAGCUAAGAAGCAGAGAUACCGUUGGAUGCCGUAUGAUCGCUGUGCACUGGCGUGCGGCGGCAACACAGCGAUAUAGCUCGACAGACGGGAGAUCUGGAAGACUCGCAGAAAGCUACUUCUCUAUUACUAUGAUAACCCUGGCCCCAGCUGGCUGUUUGUUGAGCUCCGCUUCCGUAUAUAGGACGCAGAGUUGCUAGCGAGCCAAGUCCGAUGCUGCUGUGGUAGACCCGGGGUGCGCUAUAAAUGGACUCUUGUUUCGUAGCUUCUAACAUUGAAUGGGGAUGAGUGUAUGUGUGUUCAUUUUAUGUCGCCUAGUCUGUGACAUGUGACUCGACCUGUUCGUGGCAUCGGGAUAGGAGAGCGCGUUGGCAGAGUAAAUGGAGAUUUUAAAGUGAUGCUGACUUCGGUACUCAGCUGAACUGUUACCUUCCACCAUAUUUUCCGACAUGUUUUCGAACGACCAUGCUCGUUUUCUCACUCUAAUUUCGUCGUGCCUCUGAUAACUGCCAUUCCUUCAACUCGACCAAUAUUUAAAAAAUUCUGGCGAUGUUACCUCUUUCGUUCGAAUCCCGGAUAGCGAAUUAUAUUUAUUCUGCGAAUCGCCGUUCGGCUUUAGCACGUCAUCACAGACAUGUGUGUGCGAAUUCGGUCGUGCCUUGUAGUCGCGCUUACUUUUCUGAAAGCGGCUGUGGAGUGUGGACUGAUAAUGACGGUUAGUGUAUGCUGAGUGGUGUGAUAACGAUACUUGCUUAAAUUGUUUCGUCGAUAACUUUGGUGAUUUGCGACUUUUGUGCGCUAGUAUUUUUUGCUCUGUAGGCAUCCGGUUUUCUAGCCCUUGCAGCUGAUGAUUUGCGAAGGGCUCAUUGACUAGGCACUAGGCAGGCCUCUUUAACUACCGCGUUUGCGCUAGUAUGCAUAUUAAAAUAAGUACCAGAAGAACUCCUGUUUUCUUUAUCACACCUUGGUUUUACGUAUGCAGGUCCAUCAAAAUAUGUUGUUGUCGGUCGCCAAUAAAUACAUGUUUAUUUUACCC